GAGGCAUCUUCCUCCAUUCUAACGUCUAAAGUCAACAAUAUCAAAAUUUUGAAUGAAUAGUUAAAGUUUAUGGUACGUCAAGAGUCUAACACCUAACUCAAUCCCCUUUACAUAUAGUAGUACUCCAUCCAUUUAAUCUUCAAUUAAUUUCGACAAAUUUUUGCAUUAAUGGCUCUGUUUUGUUCCUCCUCCUUUCUUUUUUGUUGUGUUAUAUUUGUGAUAAUUGUACCGCAAGCCAAAGCCGGAGAUCCUGUAACGUGUGAUAACAACAGAGGCAACUACACAGCCAAUAGCACAUACGACAACAACCUCAGCACUCUUUUAUCCACUUUCACUAAUUCCCACACACAAAUUAACUACGGUUUCUACAAUUUCUCAUAUGGUGAAAACGAGCCAGACAAAGCAUACGUUAUUGGUGUGUGUCGUGGAGAUGUUACCUCAAAUGAUUGUCGUACAAAUCUAAACAAAUCCAUUGCCUAUAUUAGAGGUAAAUGUCCAAACCAAAAAGAAGCAAUAGUGUGGGGUGGUGAUAACACUUUGUGGUACUCAAAUCGGUCAAUAUUUGGUUCCAUGGAAGUUUCGCCUACACAAUAUAUUAUCUAUGAAAGGGAUGUUAAUGGAAAUGAAUACACAGAAGCACUUGGUAACUUGAUGAGAAAACUUGAGCAAAAAGCUGCAUCAGGUGACUCUCGUCGUAAGUAUGCAGCAGAUAAUAUGAUUGGUGAUAAUUUUACAAAGGUAAACGGUUUUGUGCAGUGUAUGCCUGAUUUGUCAAUGCAACAAUGCACUGAAUGUUUGGAUCAAGCUAUCAAUGAAAUCCCAAUUUAUUGUAAGGGCAAGAUGGGAGGACAUGUUCUUAAACCAAGUUGUCGCCUUAGAUUUGAUCCGUAUACCUUCUACAGUCCUACCAUUGAGUUAGACUUAAAUGCUACAAUACCUCCUGCACCUUCACCAUCCACCAAUAACACUUCUUCAGGACAUAGCAAAAUACGAGUUGUUAUCGCCACUGCAGUGCCAGUUAUUGUGAUUUUGGUAGUGCUAAGUUUUAUUUGCAUUAACUUAAGAGUGAGAAAGGCAAAACAAAAUUUUGAAGAUGAUGAUGAAGACGAAAUAACGAUUGACGAGUCAUUGCACUUUAACUUUGAUACCGUGCGAAUUGCUACAAGAGAUUUCUCUGAUUCUAAUACACUUGGACAGGGUGGAUUUGGAGUGGUUUAUAUGGGAAAACUACCUAAUGGACAAAAGAUUGCCGUCAAAAGAUUAUCAAUAGAUUCUGCUCAAGGAGAUGUGGAGUUUAAAAAUGAAGUAAAUUUAGUAGCCAAGCUUCAACAUCGAAAUUUAGUUAGGCUACUUGGUUUUAGUCUAGAAGGGAGAGAAAGACUACUUAUUUAUGAAUUUGUUCCAAAUAAAAGUCUUGAUUACUUCAUAUUUGAUCCAACGAGGAAGACACAAUUGAACUGGGAAAAGCGCUACAAUAUUAUAAAAGGUAUUGCUCGAGGUCUUCUUUAUCUUCACGAGGAUUCUCGUCUCCGCAUUAUACAUCGUGAUCUCAAAGCAAGUAAUAUCCUCUUAGAUGAUGAGAUGAAUCCUAAGAUAUCUGAUUUUGGAUUAGCAAGAUUGUUUGUUAUAGAUCAAACUCAAGGAAAUACGAAUAGAAUCGUUGGAACCUAUGGAUAUAUGGCACCUGAAUAUGCAAUGCAAGGACUAUUUUCGGUAAAGUCAAAUGUCUUUAGUUUUAGAGUAUUAGUUCUUGAAAUUAUAAGUGGUUAUAAAAAUUCUACAACUAUUUGUCAUGGAGAAAAUGUGGAGUAUCUAUUGAGCUAUGCAUGGAGAAGGUGGAGAGAGGGGAGAGGUACAAAUAUUAUAGAUGAAUCAUUAAUCAACAGUUCAGAAAAUGAAAUAAUGAGAUGCAUCCACAUUGCUUUACUCUGUAUUCAAGAAAAUAUAGUUGACAGACCAACCAUGGCUACAAUUGCACUUAUGCUCAGUAGUUACUCUCUCACUCUCUCAAUACCUUCAAAACCUGCGUAUUUUACGGGAAGUGGAAGUAGAAGCUUAUCGGACACGCGAUCAGGGGCUCAUAAUCUACGUGCAACAAGAUCAACUGAAUCGAUUAACCAAGCUUCAAUUACUGAUCCAUACCCUCGAUAGUUUUUUAUCUUAAGGAUGGUGUUUGGAUCUUUUAUGGUUUUUGCAGGUAACCGCAACACCUCGUCCAGAAGUGCAGUGGCUAUGCUCCCAUUGUUGUUGUUGCUCGUGUGCUCUGUUUUUUGGGUACAAAUUGUAUUUGUUAUUAUUUUUUUUUUUAUGUACAAGAAAUGUUAAAGAAAUCCAUUAAUAACUGUGACUAAGGUCAUUUCUGA